GAGGGGAUCGGAUUGAAAACAGAUCAGCCUGAAGAUCUCACCACCGCAUGUCUAGAACAACUGUCGAUUAAAAUCGAGUCUUUCAGCGAAAACACGCAAUGCGCUUUCAUAUGAAAAAACGCAAAAGGGAGUGAGAAAUUUACUGCUUGAAGAUGAUGGAUUGUAAAAGUUAGAUGCGAGUAUAAAUGCGCCCCUCCGAAUUAAAUUAGUUAUCUGAGGAAUGCAGUGCCCGUAAUUUCGAGUAGGAUUUCAAACUUUUCUUGAAGUGCACCUCAAUGGACUUUUUUCAAAGGGACAUAUCCUGUCCAAGCGGUUUUGAUUGAAAAAGUAGAGUUUCAGUACUAUAGUUCCCGGAUUCUUUGCGGAGAAUCAUCGGACAAAGUGAACAAGAGUACGGGGUCUAAAUAAAUCAUUCAAGGUUGACUCUGACUCCCUGCUGUCCACCAUGGAGACCUCUGCUCCGACAGCCACUGAGAAAAAGGAGCAUAAGGGAUCGGGUCUAGAUGGAAGCAGCUUCUCAGACCUGCCAAAGAAACCAUCUCCCACUACUGUGACCAGAGGUCCUCACCAUCUCUUCCCCACGUUUCACACACCGAUCCCAAUCGAUAUGCGUCACCACGAGGGGAGGUACCAUUACGAGCCACAUCCCCUCCACACCAUGCAUGGACAUCAUGGCCUAGCAGGCAGCCCGGUCAUCUCAGACGGCAUCUCUCUGAUCCGUCUGUCCCCCCACGCAGCAGGGACGGGGGAUUCCCCCUUCAGCCCCCCUCACUCCUACGUCCACCCCCAGAUGGAGCACUACCUCCGCUCCAUGCACAGCAGCCCCACCCUCUCCAUGAUCUCUGCUGCCCGCGGACUCAGCCCUGCAGAAGUGACCCAUGAGCACCUGAAGGAGCAUGGUCUGUUCAGCCUGCCCCCUCCACCUCCAGGUGCCAACCCUACAGAUUACUACCACCUCAUGGCCAGUGGCAGGAGCACUUACGGAGACCUCAUCAUGCAGACCGGGGCGGCCGCAGCAGCAGCAGCAGCCGCAGCAGCACACCUGCCCGACUACAUCAGCCCUGUGGAUGUGUCCCGGUUCUCCAGCCCCAGACUGACCCCCAGGCUGAACAGAAAGCGAGCCCUGUCCAUCUCCCCUCUCUCAGACGCCAGCAUCGACCUGCAGACCAUGAUCCGUACCUCGCCCAACUCCCUCGUGGCCUACAUUAACAACUCACGCUCCAGCUCUGCAGCCAGCAGCUCCUACGGACACCUGUCCGUCAGCGGCAUCAGUCCGUCAUUCACCUUCCCCCACCCCAUCAACCCCAUGGCCUACCAGCAGCUGCUCAACCAGCAGAGAGGCCUGAGUGCGUUCGGCCAUACUCCUCCCCUUAUCCAGCCCUCGCCCUCCUUCGCUGCCCGCCAGCAUGCCCACGCCCUGGCAGCCUCCACCCUCAACACCACCCACAACACCUCCAGCUCUGAGUCCAACCAGAAUGCUGGUGGUGACCCGGCGGUGAGCAGCACAGUCAACCCCAUGAUCACCAAGAGGCACAAGGUCAAGACAGAAGCAGAAGGACCCCGGCCCAUAUCACCAUGCUUUCAGGAGCAUGUCCUGGACCUGAGUGAGGAGCUGGACAAAGAUGAGUGUAAGCAGGAGCCAGAGGCUGUCUACGAGACCAACUGUCACUGGGUCGGCUGCAGCAAGGAGUACGACACCCAGGACCAGCUCGUUCAUCAUAUCAACAAUGACCACAUCCAUGGGGAGAAGAAGGAAUUUGUGUGUCGCUGGGAUGAGUGCUCGCGGGAACAGAAGCCCUUCAAGGCUCAGUACAUGCUGGUGGUCCAUAUGAGGAGACACACUGGAGAGAAGCCACACAAAUGCACAUUUGAAGGAUGCUGUAAGGCCUACUCUCGCCUGGAGAACCUGAAGACCCAUCUGAGGUCUCACACAGGGGAGAAGCCUUACGUCUGUGAACACGAGGGCUGCAACAAAGCCUUCUCCAACGCCUCAGACAGAGCCAAGCACCAGAACAGAACUCACUCCAAUGAGAAACCCUACAUCUGUAAGAUCCCUGGGUGCACUAAGCGCUACACAGACCCCAGCUCUCUCAGGAAGCAUGUGAAGACGGUCCACGGACCUGAGGCCCACGUCACGAAGAAACAACGUGGCGAUGUGCCCCCCAGGGGUCCUCCUAAGGGGAAUGGAGAGAACGAGGCAAACGCCAAACAAAGUCGUAGAGGGAUGGAUGGAAAAAUGGAGGCCAACAGCACCAUUAGAGGAGCAGAGGACUGCCUGCAGGUCAAGUCAAUCAAGACUGAGAACUCAAUAACGUAUCAAUCCAGCCCGGGCGGUCACUCGUCAUGUAGCAGUGAGCUGUCGCCACUUGGCAGUGCCCACAACAAUGACAGUGGAGUAGAGAUGGCCCUGCACAGUGGGGGCAGCUUUGGGGACCUGAGUGCACUGGAUGACCCUCCCAUGGUGGACUCCUCCACCCUCUCCCCCCGCAACUCGGUGGGGGUGGGUCUUGGGCUUCAUAAAGGGGGAGGAGUCACCAUCAAGCUGGAGAACAUCAAGAAGGAGAGGCUCAAGAAUGUGAGGGACUCUUGUCCCUGGGCCAACUCUGGUCCUCAGGCACCUCAGGUCCGAAACACCAAGCUGCCUCCCAUUCCUGCUGUUGGUUCCCUUCUGGAAAACUCUAAUAUGAUCGCUCCACCCGGGCCCUACCCUGGUCAGCGUCUUGGUGACCUGUCAUCAUGCGAGGUGACCAUGCUGAACCAGCUAAACGAACAGGGCCGCCGGGACAGCAACACCAGCACUGCCAGCUCAGCCUACAUCAGCCGGCGCUCCUCUGGCAUCUCCCCCUGCUACUCCAGCCGCCGCUCCUCCGAAGCCUCGCAGUUCAGCAACCGCCACAACAACAUCAGCUCAGCCGACUCCUACGACCCCAUCUCCACAGACCUGUCCCGUAGAUCCAGCGAGGCCAGCCAGUGUGGAGGUGGAGGUGGAAACCUCUCUAGUUUGCUCAGCCUCACCCCUGCCCAGCACUACCAUCUCAAGGCCAAGUACGCUGCUGCAAUCGGGGGAGCUCCACCUACACCUCUGCCCAACAUGGAGCGUAUGAGCCUCAGGACCAGGAUGGCCCUGUACGGGGACCACUCCCAGGAAAGAGAGAGCUUAUCCCACUCUCAACUGUUCCACCCACCUACCGCAGCAGUUCCCAGACGCUGCAGCGACAUUGGCUAUGGUAGCCAUAGCAUGAUGCCCCACGAGGUCCCUGGGAACCUUCCCCGGCGAGCCAGUGACCCCGUCCGCAGACCUACCCUAGACCCACUAUCCCUUCCACGAGUCCAACGCUACAACAGCAUGAACAGUAUGAACCCCAACAGUAUGAUGCCUCCUCCCUCUGCCGACCGCCGGGGCCUGGCCAUGCAGAGCUACACGCGAUCCGACGGAAGCCUGCACCACCACCCCUUCGCCCCACGGCCCCCCAGCAUCUCAGAGAACGUGGUGAUGGAGACCAUGGCUGUGGACGGGCUGGAUCAUGCAGGAGAUGAGGACAUGGUGCUGCCUGAUGAUGUCGUACAGUACCUCAGGUCUCAGAACACUGGCCCCGGCCAAUCAGCAGGCCCCGCCAACUACACCAACAGCCAAUCACAAGGCGGCUUCCAGGUCCAGGGGAAUAUGACCUCCUCCCAACAGCAGUUCUAUGGGCAGAGGAGGAUGGCCAUGGUGGAUGCCAACAUGCCCCUGUCUGGGUCAAGCCAGGUUCCCCUACCCCCCUACCAGAUGAGCCCUGGGUCUGGCCCCCAGCAGCAGCAGUAUCCAGCCUCUCACAGUAUGAACAACAAGAACAACAUGCCAGUCCAGUGGAACGAGGUCAGCUCAGGGACUGUGGAUGCUACAGCCACCUCCAGACUCACCAAGCAGAACCUCCUCAGAAACAACAACCUGGCCAUGGUCCAGCAGAGACAGAACUUUGGGCAUUUCCAGGGUAGAAUGGGUAGUAACAGUAACCAGCAGGUGAUGCCCUUGAACCAGAAUAUGGCGCUACAAGGCUACACCCAGAGAAGCAACUCCCAGUGGAUCAACUCUGUCCAACAGCAACAAAGGCAGCCAUGCAGCAUGAACUAUCCUGAGCAGAUGAGUCCCCAGCAGGGAUAUGGCCAAGAGAUCAUCCCUGUCCCUAACUCUGGAUCUGGGAAUGGCAGCUUUCGACCCAACUUUAAUGGCAUGGCACUGCCCAACGGCAGGGUGAUGGCUACACAUAACAAUCCUGAUACGCAGAUCUACAGGUCAAGGACUCCGGUUGAAAGCUAUGUCCCCCACAUGAUUCAGGUUGACCAGCAGAACUACAGUAUUUCUUCUCAGCAGCAAGACGUCAAUACUGGGAACAGAGCUGGGAUGCAGCCCAGGCCUCCCAUGGAGCCCAAGUCUAUGAGCAGUAGACAACACUCAGGGUCCAGAGGUAUGAUGCAGCAGAACCGUUUCCCUCAGUCUGACUUACAUCACAACACCUCUGAGGCCAGUCCAAAGAGACCGGGCAGCACAGCAGCACAUACUGGCGGACAUAACAGAGACUCAAACUCCAAUGCUUCAAUGUUUUAUGCUGGCCAGAUCCAGAUGUUUGAACCCAAUAACAACCACAAUGUGAGCUUCAACUCCCCCAUGUCCCCCGUCAUGGGCCAGACUCCGGGAGGCACCACUGUUACCAUGGCAUCUCCAGGGGUCAACCAGGUCACCAGCACCGUUGACUCAUCCGGCUCCUCUGGAUCGAUCUCUGGCGUGGAGCAUGCCCAGAUCGACUUUGACGCCAUGUUGGAUGAUGGAGACCACUCCAGCCUGAUGUCAGGGACCCUCAGCCCCGGACUCCUCACCAGCCUGUCCCAGAAUUCCUCGAGGCUUACCACCCCCCGUAACUCUGUGACCCUGGCCUCUGUGCCAGCAGGGAUUGGUAAUAUGGCCAUCGGAGACAUGAGCUCCAUGUUGACCACCCUGGCUGAGGAGAGCAAGUUCCUCAACAUGAUGAGCUAAGGCCUUGGCUGUGUCACAAUAAUCUCUCCUUUCUCCCGAACUGUGCACUUGUUCACUUCCCUUCUUGUAUUUGAAAGAAAAUAUAUUGGAUCUCCCUCUAGCCUAGCCCAUGACCCACUAAUCCAAUGCUUUAAUUUUGUGGGGAGGAGGGAAAGAGUGCACACUUCGGAAGGAAAGAAAGAUUAUUGGGAUGCCCCGUUGUGUAUUCAGACCAUUUCAAGGAAAAUGUACUACAAAAGCACUGAUUAUAUGUAACAAUACCCUAUGGAAAUAGUUACUCUUCAGAAGCAUGUCAAUCUCCGCUGGCCUGUAUAGAGACUUUGCUUAUCCAGUAAUAUGUCAUAUUUGCUCAAGUACAUUUUAAGUAGUGUUUGUGUUGAGAAAGUAAGUAUAGUAAAGACAUAAGGAACAUUUUAAAGACAUAAGGAGCAUUAUCACUGUUUUGAAAAGCCAUACUUUGUAUCUACGAAUAAGAAUAGACAAGGGUAUAAAACUACAUCAGCAAAUAUAUGUCCAUUGCUCCGUAUUUGUUGAUGUUUGUUACUCUUUAAAAAGCAGUGCACUGAUAGCAGUUCACGAAGUGCCUUGCUAAAUAGAUCAUGUUUGAAUAAUAUGUGAAUUCAUGAAACAUACAUGUAACGAUGUUGCCAGGUAAAAAGGCAUAAGGAAAUAUUAGAAUAAUUUUCUUAUUACGACCUUUGAUCAUGUUUAUAGAUAUACUGUAUGGUACGUGCUUUAAAUUAUGUUAAAGAGACUUGAUUAUUGCAAGCUAAGUACAAUAUGAUGCAACUAUAGAACAUUGUGAUGCUACAAUGUUAACAUCGAUCCAUGUAUAGAGGAGCUUGCAGUGGAACAGGAUCCCAUGCAAAGCUAUAUAGCCUGGUUCCUCUCUAGGUUUCUUCCUAGGUAUUGGCCUUUCUAGGGAGUUUUUCCUAGCCACUGUGCUUCUCCACCUGCAUUGCUUGCUGUUUGGGGUUUUAGGCUGGGUUUCUGUACAGCACUUUGAGAUAUCAGCUGAUGUACGAAGGGCUAUAUAAAUAAAUUUGAUUUGAUUUGAAAGCUAGAAACGGUUUUUGUGGACCCAGAUUUAGCCUAAUGAAGGACUAAAAACCAUGCUGAGUGGAGAUUCUCAUUUGAAAGUGAUUUUUAGUCCAGGACUAUGCUUAAUCUGUGUAUAUGAAACCAGCCCUUAGUGUGGAGGAGAUGGCCACUUGUCAUACUGUAUAAAAUAUCUUCCAAGUUCCCUCCAGAAGCUGUACAGUAACCCUCUAAGGACUCUCCUCUUUGUGAGACUGCCUAAGUGUAAAUCGGUCUGUGGAGAUGCACGCUAAUCUGGACUCAGGGGUAGACGUAGCAUAGUAAAUCUAAAUACGGGACACUCCUAUUAGUAUGAUAUGUUAUGUAUUAAUUUGUGGAUGCCCAUCAUCCAUUUCGGAUGGUAUGUUAUGAAUUACAAUCCGUAUGAUAUGUUACGAAAUGCAUUUCUUACAAUAUUUAACAAAAAGCAAUUUGUUCAAUAUGUUACAAAUUUGCAAAACGUAUGAUAUGUUACGAAUUCCAAUUUGUUGUGCUUAGCUAGGUGGUAAGGUGGCUAAUGCUAAUGUUAGCUGGGUGGCCAAUGUUUGCUAGACUAGGUGUUAAGGUUAGCAGUUGGAUUAAAGGAUUAGGAUUAGGUGAAGGGUUAGCUAACAUGCUAAGUAGCUAAAAGUAGUAGAUAGUUGCAAAGUUGCCAAAAUGCUAAAGUUGUGAGAUUCGAACACUCAACCUUUGGGUUUCUAAGCGUUUGUGUUAUACGCCUACCCAUCCACCCUGACCAACCGCCCUACUUUAAUUUUUGCCUUAAGUAACUGUCUCUCUUAUGUAACCAAUCCAAACUUAACAUAUCCUAAUUUGAGUAUUCCUGAUUUACGUUUACAAUGUUACAUCUAGUCUAUUAGACCAGGCUGUGCACACAGACUCUGUGCCUGUCUAGGAUGUAUCAGAUCUCUGAAGGAAUAUGCUAGUACUCCAUGUGUACUCGGUGGACAUGAUUACACACUAAUUUGUGGAUUCAUUACCCCUCCCUACUCCCUGGGCUAGACAUGGACUGUAUGGAGAAUCAAAUAAGGGAUGAAUUACUUUGAUUACAAAUCAUAUCAAGAACAAUGAUACACCGCAACCUCCUCAGUUUUUAUUUUAGUUUGCUUGCUGGAAUUAAAGUAGCCUUACCGUAUGUACAGGUAUGCUGCCCAUCCAUUUUACUGUGUGUGUGUGUGUGUGUGUGUGUGUGUGUGUGUGUGUGUGUGUGUGUGUGUGUGUGUGUGUGUGUGUGUGUGUGUGUGUGUGUGUGUGUGUGUGUGUGUGUGUGUGUGUGUGUGUGUUGUAUAUAGCUUUUGUACAUUUCAAAUACAGUAUCUCAGUUUUUUCUGUUUUAACCAAAGUGCUGUGUUGUGUCUCCUUUGAAAUCACAUGGUCUCGUCCCUCUGGGACACAUGAAAGCAGAGAAUCGUUAUUCAAACUCUUCAGCACACACCCUAAUGAAUUGUAGACACCAUGAAAACCAUCCUCAUGUCAAAGAAUUCAUCUUGAUCAAAAAUACCCAUAGAAUACCCAUAGAAUUGCAUAGGAUCUUUAUGAUUCUACCCCCUUAACACUGCCCAUACGUUUCAUAUCAUACAUCAUUUUCUCCAGGUCAUUUAUACACGCA